CCAUAAACCCAAGUAAGAGAUUCUUUAGAACUACAGUUUAAGAGAUUUGAACGCAACGAUGCCUGCUUUUGUCUUUCUUAUGAGCUACUUAUAUAUCGCAACUUGUAAUGCUGGUGAUGGUGUCUCCUUCAAAAACUAUAUGAACAAGAUAUGUGGGUCUGAGUAUUAUAGAAUGGAAGACUUCAGCGACGUAAUGAACAUGUGCAAGUCUGUUAAAAACAAGUAUCGUGAUAGAUAUGACAAUGUUAGUAAAUGGAAGUGUAAAUAUUUUGUCAAAAGUGGCGAGGAUUAUGUCAUGAAGGUGAAGGUUGAAUCUAAACCUGCCAAUUUCAUCCACAUUUUGGUAGACCAAAAGGGCAACUUAGUAAAUCUACAGAAUGGUUCCUUCACAAGGAAUGACUGCGUUCAAUUGAGUGAGCAUUGGGAGCAUUACGGUAACACUGUGGGUGGAACACGUUACUCUCCAUUAGAUGAAAUAAAUGUCAACAAUGUCAGAAAUCUAACAUUAGCUUGGACAUUCCGAUAUGGACCCAGCCCCUGGCGGUAUGAAGUCGAUAACAAGCACAAAGAUCAAGAGGCUCCGAUUAUGGUGGAAGACGGCUCUGAAGAAAGGAAUGAUCUACUUAUAUUAUGUACUCCUUGGCGAUCAAUCGUUGCACUUAAUCCGACAACUGGCGUCGAAGUUUGGAGAAAUAAUGAUGGGGUAUCAAUUCUUAGUAACGUCUCUGGAACCACAUGUCGGGGUGUUUCAUCUUGGGUGGACCCGUUAAAGCCACGUGGCACAUUGUGUAAACGCAGCAUAUAUCUCACCUCAGUAGAUGUAAGACUCUUCGCAGUUGAUGCAGCCACUGGAAAAAUCUGCUCGGACUUUGGGAACAAGGGUUUUGUCAGUCUUGCAGUAGCAACCCCAGAUGCACGUUUUGAAUGUAUUGAAUAUCUUCAACCGCCUGCUGUUGUGAGAGACGUAUUAAUUCUUGGACAAGCUAUUUGGGACGGUUGUGGGACUAAUACACCUAAAGGGGUUGUACCGGCAUUCGAUGCAAGGACUGGAGAAUUUAUGUGGAAAUUUAUGAUUGUUCCCGAGGACCCAUAUGAUCCAGCUAUGAAAACGUACAGAAAUGGCACAGAAGCGGUUGGAGCAGGCAACGCAUGGGCUACCAUGAGUGGGGACGACGACCUAGGUUUGGUUUACGUCCCUACAAGUUCAGCUAGUCUGGAUUUGUUAGGAAUAUAUAGAAUUGGUGACGGCCACUAUUGCGAUUCAGUGGUUGCUUUAAAUGUCAGUGAUGGGAAAGUCGUCUGGUUCAGGCAAUUAAUACACCAUGAUGUUUUUGACUAUGAUAUAAACGCUCAACCUGUUGUUGGUGAAAUAACACGUGAUGGCAAGAAAAGGAAAGUCGUCCUGCAGGGCACUAAAAUGGGAUUCCUGUAUGUAUUAGACGCCAAAACUGGCGAACCUGUAUUCGACAUCGAAGAACAACCAGUCCCAACUUUUUCUGAACUGCCUGGUGAGAUAUUGAGCCCAACGCAACCUUUCCCUAUGGAUGAUUUCCUGAAGUUGACAAAGACCUCAAUUGACUUACGAUCUGGUAAGGAUCUGUGGGGAAGAACGAGUGACCAAGAACAAGCUUGUGUUGACUUUAUAAAUAGUAGUGGAAUCGAUCCCAUUGGAAAGAUAUUCACAGCGACCCUAAUUAGUCGACCCACAAUAAUGAUCCCUGGGGUAUUAGGAGGUAUGAAUAUGGGAGGUAGCGUGGCUUUGGACCCUACAAGAAGUAUCGCCGUAGCAGCAACGCAAAAUUUUAUUAUGAUGCGCCAGUUGUUUCCCAACACUCAACACUCCCAGCAUGGUGUCAUUUGA